AUGUGGCACCAGUGGCCGCCAGGUGAGGUGCGCCGCACCAGGGAUGUGGCACCAGUGGCCGCCUGGUAAACAACAUGGCGUCGUGUACAGUGGUCGGGCUGUUCGCUACCAGUGGAGUACCUCUGUUCGUGCGACACACGGGCCCUGGCAAGCCUCUUAUGCCUUAAUUGGUUCUCUAAAUGGAAUUCAUGUGUUUGGCGAGUCACAUGGUGUCACGCUUUGUACUACAAGGACACAAAAUGCUAAUCUCAUAUGGAAGACAUAUCAUGAUAGCAUACGACUAGUUUUAAUUCGAGGAAGCGAGACCAUUGGAGACAGUUGUGAUGGCUCCCUAUUAGACUUGAUGUUUGCUUCCCUAGUUCUUCUCCUUGGAUUGGACACACUGACUUCAGCAACAAAUGUUGAAAGACUAAAGAGAGACAUCAGGCCAUGCUAUGCAUUGCUGGAUGAGUUGCUGUCACGAGCAAUGGGCUGCGAGGACCAACAUGGUUUUUCCCACUUGACGGGCUGUGCAGAGUGCCUUAUACCUUCAGAGCAACAUAAUUUGCAGAGUGAACUUGAAAAAUUUGCUGAGGGAGCAGACUCCACAUAUGGGUGUGUGAUAAUGCAGGGACAUGUGUUGUGUGGUACUCGCAACUUCUGGUCAUUGUCUCAUGCUGAGUUGGUUCUCUUACCUCUUCUGGUUGCCUCAAAUGCAUCCACUGUUGCACGUGACUUGCCCAUCUACCUCCCAAAUAAAAGUCCUAAUUACAUUUUUCAGGUACCUUUCAGGAUGCUUGUGGUACAACUAACAGGUCAUAUAUCAGUGGUAACUCUCUGUGGUCCAACACCCACGUUGUCGGAGAUGAUGCGUGCUGCCUCCUCAUUCUGGGCCCCUUCAUAUCAAGUCUUGGAGGCCCUCACCUCAUUAUUGCCAUGGAACAUUUCACCCAGCCUUCUAUCCCAGCUUGAUAAUGCCAUCAUUGGACUCAUACUAGUCAAUUAUGACCAAAAGAAAUGUGUGAGCUGUGUACAUCUUAGUGAAGAGUCAAGAUCUAGAUGUUUAAGUGUUAACAGGAAAGUUGCUGCAUUACGUUCUGUGUAUCGAACUGUUGUUGGACCAUUACUUCAGCCUCCGGCCAUGCCUCCAGAUGAUUUUCCUUCAAGGUUGCAUCCAGAUCAUACUCCUGUUGAGGCAUACGUAUCCACAGACAACUACAAAGUAUAUGUAUUGCAGUCGUCUCCAUACCAUCUUUUAGUCUUGUUUCCACCAGCUCUCCCAGUUCACAUAGCCAGACAAGUAAGCAUCAGAACAUUAGCAGUUUUCACAAAAGGUAAGGUACCGAAGAUCUGACACUGAUAGAAUGGGGUAAAGUUUUAUGUCGCAAUUUAUUAGUACAAAAUAUCACUUAGAUUAUUUGUUUUACAUUUCUAAGUCAUAGAUAUAUGUUCAGUUUAGUUUACUGUACUAGUCUUCCAUCUGUGGGUGAGCUAAAUCUCUAGAUCUAAGUGUUGGCAUUAAAAUAAUGUAUUUGAUAACAAUACCAAAUAUUCUUUGGACGUAUGAAUCUAACUCAAGUGAACAGUGUGGGGGGUUUCAAGAUAGACAAAGGAAUUAAAAUGGUAUGAAAUGUCAGUUAUAUUUAUUAUUAAUAGUUAUAUUUUCAAGUUUGUUAAUAAUGGAAAUAUUUAUUUCAUGUUUU